CUGAGUGGUGAGGAUGACCCUAUUAACCUGGUCACAAUGAAACCAAAAUGCUAUAUGGCGCCAUCUACUGGCUUUAAAAAAGCAACUGUCAUCGGCAUGUUGUCAGCUCCCUUCUGGCGGUUGGCUUGAAGCAGAAAUCCUUAAGUCGCUGGUUCGAGUCCGGCUCGAAGGAGUAACUUUUUGGCCUUGAUUAACAGGAGAAUAUUAUUAUAACAGUAAACUUAUCGCUAUUAGCCCCAGGAGCUAAGAGUCUGUGUUUCUCAAAGAUAAAUCACUGACAAUCUUUCAAAAACCCAGUAGUUCAUUUUAAAGGCAUUUCUACAAGCCUAACCUAAAUCAAAAUAUUACCCACGCUGCACAGUAAACCAGAUUUUAAACCCAUUUCCAAAGUGACUAUUUCCUAAUCUAAACAAGUUGAUCAAUUUGAAGAUGCCUCUAAAAACAAAUACAUCUACAGUCUGUCUUUAAACUAUAGGCUACAGUCAGUUUAAUGUUUUUCAGUUCUGUGUCUCCAGCUUCCAGACAGUUUCAGUGGAGGCAGCUUGUCUGAUUGAUGGGGUGGGACGAUGACUGGGAGGCGCCUUCCCUCUCAUUUACCCCCCGUUUCCUCCACACCUCUUUGUUUACACCUAGAAGCCGGGCGAGUCCAGGCAGAAGGGUAGCAACUCUGAGGACUUCACUUUGUUCUUGUUGGAACAAAAAACAACAAUGUUUGAGUCUAUGUUCAUCUUAAUUUUACUGUCUGGAGCUUCUCGUGCUUCUGACGCCGGGGCUCCUUCCCAGCUGGGACCGCCGUCGCUCGGGUUCAGCUCCUCGGUCCGCUCGGUGUGUAAACCCAUCCCUAGCACCCUGUCUCUGUGCCACGGGAUCGGCUACCGGCACAUGCGGGUCCCCAACUUGCUCGGCCAUGAUUCACUGAGGGAGGCCCAGCAGCAGUCGGCGGCCUGGCUGCCCCUGAUCUCCAAGCUGUGCCACCGGGACACCAAGAAGUUCCUAUGCUCGUUGUUCGCCCCGGUGUGCCUGCCGGAGCUCAGCGGGCCGGUCAGCCCCUGCAGGAGUCUGUGCGAGGCCGUGCGGGACGGCUGCGUUCCCGUGAUGAGCGCGUUCGGCUUCCCCUGGCCGGAGAUGUUUAACUGCACCCGGUUCCCGCGCGGAACCGAGCUCUGUAUCCCCGCGACCGGAGCGCAAGAGGGGCGCACAGCGGAGGAGGUCAAACACGAGGAGGCGCUGAAAGGGAGCGUUAUCUGUGAUGCCUGUAGUCUGGCUGCUGAGGGAGAGACCGACAUUCAGGACAACUUCUGCCACAGUCCAUAUGCAUUUAAGAUGCGUCUGGGCAGCGUGUCGACGGUGGGAGGGGACCGUCAGCUGGUGCCUCUGGCCCGAAGCCGCAUCCUGAGGUGGGCAGGGGGAGGUGCAGAGAGGGCAGAAGGGGUUGGAGGCGCGAUGGCCCACAGUGCUUUGUGGCUGCAGGAAGGAGGCACCUGUACGUGUCCGGGCUUGGACUCUGUGGACACAAACGAAGACAGAGGGUUAGAGGAGGAACGGAUGGAUAAGGGACAACUGAAAGGAGGAGGGAAGGAGGGGAAUGGUGCGCAGGGUGGAUGGUACCUGGCCCUGGCUCAGGCUGAGGAGGGAAGGCUGGUGUUGACUCGGCUGGUGAGGUGGAGCAGAGAGGACAAAGAGCUGAAGAAGUUCAUCAGGGCGCUCCUUAAACAGCCCUGCCCAGAGCUGUAGACAGGCAGUGUUGUACUACAGUGUCAGUACCACAACCCCUCCUGCCCCAUCAGUGUUAUUGAGUACCUUGUGAUCAUACACAAGCUGUAACUCUGAUGUGCUAGUAGCAACACUUUACAAUAACGUACACAACAUUUGGAGUAGUCAACAAAAAAUGAGUAAGGAACAAACCAGAAGCUAACUGCUAAUUAAUGAACCGCUAACAAAUAGUCUCUAAAUACUAUGUUAAUGAAGCAGCGUUUGAAGAUUGGUUCCUGUGAAUCUGCAUACUGGCAAUUUUCUUAAUGAAUGAUUAACUCUGAAAAAGGUGUUAAAUGGCACACAAUCAAGAACAAAUUUUGUGUUAAGUGGUGCAUCAUACUUGUGACUAAAACGGCAUCAUUACUUCAUGAUUACCUUACCAUUCUUCACCAUUGGCACCAACAUUUCAGAUGCACAAGCAACACAAUCUGCCAAAUCUUUAUUACUACUCAUGGUCUGCAAAGGUUGAUAUCAUUCCAACUGGGGCAAUAUUUGUGUAUUUUCAUGUAUUUUUGUGUACAUUUGUGUAUAUAGAAGAGACAAAAUGUAAUCCUUAGAAAAUUAUCAGCAAGAGUAGAUAAUUAGUUGUGGGUUUUUUUUUUUUACUGAUUUCAGUUUUAAAUAUU